AUGGUGCUUUGUGUGGUAUUGAUCGUUAUUUUUCGGCAAAUUUUGACCGGCAAUGCAACGAUAUGUGAGUAUUGUGGAAAGGAUUUCAAAUCGCUGGGCAGACAUCAAUGGCGUUGCAAAUCACGAACUGGUGUCGGAAACUCACCUAAUACGGAGAGAGCGUCUUCUUCAACAUCUGCGGACAAUAAUACAUGUACGGUAGGGUCGACUAAUGUCGCAGGAGAAAGUUUUAUGUGUUAUUGUGGGCGUACAUUUAAUAGUUAUCGUUCACUAAAUUUACAUCGCCGAUCAUGCUUUGUCCAGAAUAACCCGUGCUUUGCUGAACUGUUUGCUCAACAAGAUGAUAGCAUUACUAUUGCAAAUAGUAAUGAAAGCAUGACCGAAGUUCUGUUUCCGACCGAUAAGUUUAAAGUGUUAUCAGGAGUAAAACUUCCUCGAUCGGAUCUUAGUUGGAAAGCAGCUAACGAGUUUUUUCAGUCGCAAUUCAGUGUUAGACCAGAGCUGCAAGACUUGGAUUCGGAAAUUGUAUUCAUGAAUAACGUUAUCUGGUCUUACUUUAAAGAUACAUGUGGUUUGGUAAAGUCGGCUAAUAAAUUUGAACACUAUAGAAGUAUGUCAAAAUCAAAGUUAAAAAAAUGCUUAAAAGAUUUAAAAUCGAACGGAGGCAGCUUGGAGGAAAUAAAAUUUGUCAGUAAGUUAUUGCGAAAAAGAAUGCAGUCAAGCGUUAAUGACCAGCGGGAUUAUGAAAAUGAAAUGCUGGAACGGAAAAAAUAUUCCAUCUGUCUGGAAGCACGCGGCGGCGAUAUUGAUCCAUAA